AUGCCUCCCAGGCCCGAAGAGAUAUGCUCGGCCAGAGACAUUGAUCCAGAGAGACUCAACGUCCGCUUCUGGGGAACCCAAUCCCCCUGCACCAAGGUCCACGCCGCCCCCGACACCUCCCAGUCCGUCAUGGACCUCGUCUACUGGCUCCGUCUCGGCCGCGACACCAAGCCUCACUCAUGCCGCCAGUGGCUCGACCCCAAGGGACCUGACCAGCCGGUCCACGCGCACUGGCCCUACUUCCUCGCGCGCAUCGGUUGCACCGAGGAGGAGCUGAAGCGAGAUGGGUACGCCACCAAGUUCCCAGGCGUUCCCGAGCCGGUGCCCAUCGCGUCGGAGGGGCAGCUUGACAACAUCCUUCGGUCUCUGACCAGGUACCUGCGCUCGACGCCUGCGUACUGGUGCCAGGCCCCUCCGCCUGUGCUGCUGAUAUGCAGGCCUGAGCAGGUCGUUCGGUGUGAGAGCAGAAGCUGGGUUGAUUGCGUCUGGCGCGAAGCUGCCAUUUUCUACAGAGCCGCUGCUGAAGUUCGCCGUCCGCGGAUGGACAGGGAAGAUGAGACGAAGGUUGAGGAGACUUCUAGGGCUCGAAAGGGCAGGGAGUUGGCCUCGAUUAGUGUGAGAGCUCAUGAGAAGGAGAUUGAGGUGUGUUUUAGGGUUCAAAAGCCCAAAUCCAGGGGCUUGUAUUCGCAUCGUGAGGGACCUGAGUAUCAUGGAGUGGUCGUUUCUAGCUUUUCUGGGGGCGAAAGGGAGGUGCUAUUGUCCGGCUGCGGUCGUGGUUGGGGUGUAAAGUUUGUCUCCGAGGAGUAG